AUGUCCACAAGCUCACCUCCGGCCAAGUUGCCUUCAGCAGCACCGCCAUCGCAGUCUCCAUCAGCGAACUCAGCGGUCCAGAAUACUGAGCACCCCUCCCUUCAUCCCCUGAUAACAUCGCCGCCUGCCUGCCGAUCGCCAAUACCACGACCGAUGUCGCACGCUUCCAAAAACCGACUGUCCCAGUAUUCGACGGGCUCGAUACCGUCUCGGUCACGGCCACCUUCGUACCUCUUCCCUAUCUUCCACUCCAGUCUCUCAUACACCAUCGUCCGAGACUUCGCAUAUCCUCCAUUAACCCCAUUGCACUAUGGCCCUCCGCCUGAGCCUUCGCGCCCGCCUUCCGGCAUGGCUACACCAUCAGGCGAAUUGAGGCGCCUUUCCGACCCGCCAGGAUCGUGGGAAAGCAAGCUGGGCUGGGAAUGGGCAGCUGACGGCGGCUUCGGGAAGGGCGGCGAGCUGGCUCCCAUUCAUUUCGGAGAUGGCCCACCGUGGAGUGAGGAUGAAGACCUGCAGAGCCCAGUGGUCAGCUCGAGGCAUAGAAAACAUAAAUCUACUUCCGCAGCUCUAGGGCAUGGAAAACCGCGGGGCUCGACAGACGGCAAGUCUUCCAUUCUGCAUGCUGCCCGCUACGAGGCCGAUAGAGGGUAUUACAUCGGGACCGGCGGCGAUGGUAGCGAGAGGUAUUACGUGAGUCAAGGUGUAGAGGCAAAUGGUCCAGGCGGAGAGUUUGUCACGUAUCCGCCUGACCAAGCACGGCACUCGACCCAUGCGUACCAGUCAAUGGAACAGCGGCCGCGGCGUUAUGCGGAAAACGACCCAGGGUAUCGAUCCGAGUCGGAAGCGUCGAGCGUUGCCUCGUCCCCGGGCUUCCAAGCGUUCGACGAAUCGAGAUAUUCUAGAGACUACCAGUUCACCAUCACCUCGCCAGACGAGGAAAUGCACGGCAAAGCCGUAGCGUUGUUCGACUUCAGGAGGGAAAACGAGAACGAGCUGCCAUUGGCUGAAGGUCAGAUCAUAUGGGUCUCGUAUAGGCAUGGAGAAGGUUGGCUCGUGGCGGAGGAUCCAAAGACACAGGAAAGUGGUCUGGUGCCCGAGGAAUAUGUCCGCCUACUUCGUGACAUUGAGGGUGGAAUGACGAGCUUGACGGGCCAAGUAGCUGAGGGGCCGGAUACCCCCAACGAGGCAGGCACUCCCACACAGGCCGAGCACAGCCAGGCCUCGCUACCAGCAGUCACCCAAGCGCCGCCGCCCGGACAUGUGCCAACCCCGAGUAACGCUUUGAAUGGCUAUCACCAACCAGUCGUAUCAACCUUCUCUACCUCCAGCAAAGACUUGAAUCCGUACCCGCAACACUUGCUGGGCCAGCACGGCCAGCCCCCGCCACAGGUCGUCCACUAUCAUGGCCAACGCGGCGGAAGUCAGGCUAAUACACCGACUGCACAGAACUCAUUCGACACCGGGCUUGGUCGUCGGGGGAGUCAAGACGUGAAGGGCGAUGCGGCCGCCAACAAGUCCCAGUCUCUUGAGACCCUGCCAGUUGCGAGGAUGAAGUCCCCCGCGGACGAGUCCGACUCGGAGGAAGACGAGUCGCCGAACCGGUGA